AUGGCGCAAACCUCAGAUACAGUCGCUCUCGACGCUGCCGAGAUAGCGAUUUACAUCUUGCUGUUCCCUCUGAUCAUAUUCCUCGGAAUACGCCAUGGCAGCAAGCAUUCGCUGGGUUUUGUCUAUCUUUGCCUCUUCGCCGUCCUCCGCAUUGUUGCCGACGGGCUAGGCAUAGCCAAUCGAAACUUAACGGACGAAAGCGCCAUUAUUACCACUCAAGCCAUCAGCUCAGCCGGCCUCUCUCCCCUGCUCUUGAUUCUAGCCGCCUUUGCCCACGAAGCCCACCACUAUCAAGUCAAAGCCGCCCUGCCCCACAAUCAGGCGCAAAACGUGCUUCGCCAACUGCGAAGCCUCCAAGGGCUCUUCCAUGUCCUGUCAGCCGGCGGCAUGGGAUUGAUCGUCUACGGCGCCGAAAAGUCGGCCAGCAAGGACAGUGACCACGACUCCAGUACUUGGACGACUGUCCGCAAAGUUGGAUGCGUCCUGAUGCUCCUUGCUGCAAUUGCGGAAAUCAUAUACGCAUUCUACGUCUGGAGCUCCGUACGUCGAACAAGGAAGGCAGUGAGACCAAUGCAUCUCAUCUCCUUGGCGGUCUUCACCUUUGUCGGCGGCUUGUUCGUCGGAGCUAGGGCAGUCUAUUCAGUCGUCUACACGUUCGAUACAAACCCGGACAUCAGCCCGAUCACGGGCACGUUCGUCGUCAAGCUGAUCUGCAUUGUUCUGGUCCAGCUUUUGGCUGUCGCUUGCCUCAUCACGGGUGCCUGGCUGAGCAGAAACAUCAGGAGGGAUAUCGAAUACAAGUCCAUCCAGCCGGCAGAGCGGUUCUCGGGCGGCGGUGGUGGGCGUGGUGGAGACUCUGCGAUACCUCUUGCACCUGAGGAAUAUUCCAAAACUUGGUAUUCGCCAAGCUAUGAUGCUUGA